CACAAUUGAGAAGUAAAAAUGACUCGUUAAGAUGAACUAAAUUGUAUUUAUUUAUUUGGAAGCUUUCAGAAGAAAGUUUUGAGGUUCAACAUGGAAUUUUCAGUGCACUGGACUUGGCUUACUGCACUUUCAUGUCUCCUCUGUAUGGGAGGGGAAGUUGAUUGUAUUUGCACAGAGGAGAAAAUACAAAUUGAAGGAGGUAAUUACACACUGACUAAGAAGCUAGUGGCAGGCAGCUUGUUGAUCUACCAUUGUCCUGAGGGCUACUAUCCAUAUCCCUCUCUGACCCGUCUGUGCCAGCCUAAUGGCUCCUGGAGACCAAGACCCAAAACUUUUCUCCAUCAGAGAUGCAAGGUUGUUGAAUGCCCUGACCCCACUGUGCUGGAGUACGGAAACGUCUACCCCCCUCAGGAGAAGUACUUUGUGUACAAUGAGACCACGUAUGAGUGCUACUCUGGAUACACAAUGCGAGGCUCAUCCAUGCGUGUGUGCCUACCCAAUGGGAAAUGGAGCGGCUUCACUCCCAUUUGUAGUCAUGACUCAGGGGCCGAUUGUGCUGAUCCGGGAAUCCCAGCUGGCGCCUCAAGAACCGGGAACAUAUUCGGAAUUGACGAUAAAGUGAAAUACAGCUGCGAUAGCAACCUCAUUUUGGUCGGGAUGAAAGAAAGAGUGUGUCAGGAGAGCGGCCAGUGGACUGGCAAAGAGCCAGCAUGCUACUACAGACACACCUAUGACACUUCUUUGGAGGUUUCACAGGCGUUUGGCAGCGCAAUCAAAGGUAGUCUGGCCACUUUAGAGCCCACAGAUGACACGCAGGAGGGGAGAACAAUCAAGAUUUCAAAAAAUGGGACACUUGACAUCUAUAUUGCAGUGGAUAUUUCUGACAGCAUCGAAGCGAAAGACAUCGAUAAAGCAAUAAAUGCUAUCACAAAACUUAUUUCAAAGAUUUCAACCUUUACUGUGUCUCCAAACUAUGAAAUAGUCUUUUUCUCUGCUGAAGUGUAUGAAAUUGUCAACAUUCUUGAUUUUUUGGAUAAAAAAAUUGAGCUAAAGGCAAUCAUAGAUGAUUUGAAAAACUUUAAAGUGGACGAAAAAAACACUGGAACAGAUCUGAACCUCCUCUUUAUGACAUUCUUGGAGAGAAUGUCUAUCAUAAAGCUACGAGUUGGAGAAAAGGUUUUUAAGGAACAUCAACAUGUCUUUAUCCUUUUUACAGAUGGUGGUUAUAAUAUGGGCGGAUCUCCAGAAUUUACUUUGACAAAAAUAAAGAACUUGGUCUACAUGAACAACACUGGUCAACAAGGGACACAAUCAAGAGAGAACUAUCUGGACAUUUAUAUUUUUGCCAUUGGAGCUGAGAUCUUUGAUGAUGACCUGCAGCGGCUCACAGCAGGGACCGGUGGCUCGCAUUACUUCAGACUGAAGGACAUCACACAUUUAGAAGAGACAUUUGAUGACAUAAUUGAUGAAGAAGAAGUCAUGGGUCUAUGUGGUCUUCACACUGUGUUUGACGAAUCAGUAAAAGACGCAAGUAGGAAAAGGUAUCCAUGGUCGGCGUUCAUUAAUGUCCAGAACGAAGGACCGUCAAAAAACUGCAUCGGCUCUCUGGUGACCCCUCAGUUUGUCUUGACUGCCGCUCACUGCUUCACAUUUGGAGAUCUACCUGAGCAUGUCACAGUGAUCAUUGAUGAUGGACAGGUCAAAGAUAAAAAAGUUAAAACUUUCAUAAUACACCCAAAAUACAAUAAUAGCGCCAAAGCGGAUCAGGGUGUGAAGGAGUUCUAUGACUACGAUGUGGCUCUCAUCCAACUGAAGGAAGAUGUUAACAUCUCCAGCGUUGCUCGACCUAUUUGCAUACCUUGCACUCAGGAGACCAGUGAGGCUCUAAAACUGGUUGGCGUAUCCACCUGCCUGCAACAAGAGAAGAUUCUGUUCAAGAAUCAUAUCGAAAGACUCAAUUUCCUGAGCAAGAAAGGAGACUUGGUAGUUGAAAAAGAGGUUCAUGCUAAGCUGGGUGAUAAUAGAGAUGAGUGCAUCAGCCAUGCACUGGUGGCACCAGGCAUAACAACUCGUAAUCCAAAGGACGCCGUGACUGAUAACUUCCUGUGCACUGGUGGCCGGAAUCCAAGAGAUGAUAUAGCAUGUAAAGGUGACUCUGGAGGUGCUGUGUUCAAGAACUAUGAUGAUCGCACAAUACAGGUUGCAUUGGUCAGCUGGGGAACCAUGGAUGUGUGCAAGUCGGCUGGUGAUCUUGGUUCAAAAGAGAACUCCAGAGAUUUCCAUAUUAAUCUUUUCAGAAUUGUCCCUUUUCUCAAAUCGAUCCUUGGAAAUGACACCCAGGAUGAAUACGCACCACUUCAGUUUUUGAGUAGCUGAAAUGUAUUUGCAUACUGUGCUUUGAUUUGGAUUCUGUAUUUGUGUAUUCUGCAUGUUUAAACACACUGGAUAAUGAAAAGAUCCCAUUUUCAGGUAAUGUUAUCUUGUCAAAAGCAGACAUACAUACAUACACAUGUUCACAAUAAAUUCAAUUAAAUGCACAAUUAAAGUUAUGCAAAUAAUGGUCAGUUAAACUGUGCUUUAUCAUCAUGUAUUCUGUAUUAUCAGUGGUCAAUCAGGAUGUGAAGAGGAAGUUAAUAAAUCAAUUUAAAACUGUU